GAAAAAAAUCCUAAGAACAGAAGGAAACCACCGAGGCAGCCCCCGGCGGGAGCGGCGCGGCCGCGGGCAGCAGCAGCAGCAGCAGCACGGCGGAGCGGCGAUGAAUUCCUACUUCAGCAACCCGUCCUUGUCGUGCCACCUCGGCGGCGGCCAGGAGGUGCUGCCCAACGUGGCCGCGCUCAACUCCAGCUACGACCCCGUGCGGCAUUUCGGCGGCUACGGCGCGGCCGUGGCGCAGAACCGGAUUUACUCGUCGCCCUUUUACUCGCCGCAGGACAACGCGGUGGUGUUCGGCUCGGCCCGCUCGCCCUACGAGUACGGCUCGAACGCCUUCUACCAGGACAAGGAGGUGCUGAGCAGCUGCCGGCAGAGCUCGGUCGGACGGGGCGCCGCCAACUCCAUCGCGCAGGAUUUCCCCAGCGAGCAGAGCCGCGGCGCGGCUCAGGAGCAGAAAUCCGGCAUCCAGAUCUACCCCUGGAUGCAGCGCAUGAACUCGCACAGUGUCUGUUUGGUCUCGCCCUCUUUAGGGGUCGGUUACGGGGCCGACCGCCGGCGGGGCCGCCAGAUUUACUCGCGCUACCAGACGCUGGAGCUGGAGAAGGAAUUCCACUUCAACCGCUACCUGACCCGGCGGCGCCGCAUCGAGAUCGCCAACGCGCUGUGCCUGAGCGAGCGGCAGAUCAAGAUCUGGUUCCAGAACCGCCGCAUGAAGUGGAAAAAGGAGACCAACCUCAGCUCCACGCUGGCCGGGGCCGCGGGAGGAGGAGGAGGAGGAGGAGGAGGAGGAGGAGGAGGAGGAGGAGGAGGAGGAGGGGGAGCGGCGGCCGCCGACAGCUUGGCCAAGGAGGAGAAGCGCGAGGAGACAGAGGAGGAGAAGAAGGAGUGAUGGAUUUUUUUUUUUUUUGGUGUUGUUUCCCCUCUUUUCUCGCCCCCGUUUUUUUUUUUUGUCCUUCCUGGUAUUUAUCGGUGGAGAAAAAAAACAAAAAAGGAUUU